AUGGAACCAGUCGAGUCCUUCAGGGACUACGGUAAGGCCGACACGCUCGAGGAUCGCGAGUUCAGGAGGCAGACGCGCAUCCGCGUGAUCAUCAUUGUGGUGUCUUCCUUCGUGCUCUUGGCGGCGAUCGUCACCACCAUCAAGGGAAUGGUCCUAGAGGAACGAAUCGAUGAUGCCAACUCGAGCUCGACCACCCAGAUGACUCAGGCGGCAUCGAUCAGGGCCGUGUGCAGCGUGACCGAAUACCCCGGCUUGUGUUUCUCCAGCAUCGCGACGCACGAGAGCUCCUCCAACACCACCGGCCCCGAACAGAUCUUCAAGGUCUCGCUUCUGGUCGCCUUUAGCGGGGCGGCCAGCUUCUUCAACUAUACGAGCCAGCUUGUCACGCAGGUGAGCGAUCCUCAAGAGCAAGCAGCUUUCGGAGUCUGCCAAACGGUGCUCCAAGACGCCGUCAACCACCUCACCGACUCGGUGUCUCUCACGGAGGUCAACCAAGGCCUACAGCUCCUGUCUCCUUACAAAAUCUCCGACAUGCGGACUUGGCUGAGCACGGCCAUCACCGACCAAGAAACCUGCUUGGAUGCACUCGAAGAGGCCAACUCCACCCGCCUCGGCAACAUGAAGCUCGCCAUGCAAAACUCCACCGAGCUCACCAGCAACAGCCUAGCCAUCGCCACCAAAAUCAUGCGUUUGUUAGCCUCCUUCAACGCCCCCAUCCACCGGAGGUUGCUAGGGUUCAGAGCCAGGUCCGUUUUCCCAAGCUGGGUUGGCCCGGCUGACCGGAGACUUCUCCAAGAGGUGAACCUGAGGCCGAACUUGACGGUGGCGCAAGACGGGACGGGGAACUACAAGACGAUCAGAGACGCGGUGGAGGCCAUACCUAAAAAAAGCUUGUCGAGGUUCGUGAUUUACAUUAAGGCCGGGGUUUAUGAGGAGAAUGUAAUUUUGGAUAAGAGCAAGUGGAAUGUGAUGAUGUAUGGGGACGGGAAGACUCGUACCAUCGUCACUAGUGACCUAAAUUUCAUCGACGGGAUGCCAACAUUCGCGACGGCAACGUUCGUUGUUGUAGGAAAAGGCUUCAUUGCCAAAGACCUGGGGUUCGCAAACACUGCAGGUCCAGCGAAGCUCCGGGCCGUGGCGUUCCGAUCGCAGUCCGACCUCUCCGUGAUGUACCGGUGCGCGUUCGACGCAUUCCAGAACACCCUUUAUGCCUACGCGAACCGCCAGUUCUACUCGGAUUGCGACAUCACGGGCACUGUGGACUUCAUUUUCGGGAACGCUGCAAUCGUCCUCCAGAACUGCACGAUCCUGCCUCGCCAGCCCCUGAGCUUCCUCUACGACACCCUCACGGCCCAAGGCAAGUCCGACCCGAACCAAAACACCGGGAUCUCGAUCCACAAGUGCAGGAUAACUCCGAACGGGAACCUUACGGCCGAGACAUACCUGGGCCGGCUGUGGAAGGCCUACUCGACCACGGUCUUCAUGGAGUCCAGCAUCGGCCCGUUCCUGAGCCCGAAGGGCUGGACCGAGUGGAUCGCCGACGUGCAGCCGCCCAACACCAUCUUUUAUGGAGAGUACAUGAACACCGGGCCGGGCUCGAACACGAGCGGGCGGGUCACGUGGCCCGGGUACCAUCCGGUCCUUACCAUGGACCAGGCCAGGAAGUUCACGGUGGGCUCGUUCAUACAAGGCAACGCGUGGUUGCCCCUAACUGGGGUGGCUUUCGACCCAUCCUUAUGA